AUUGCAACAGGGAAACUCAUUGAUUCUGCUUACCCUCCUCCCCCGCGGCCUUAUGAACAACACCUUAACAUCACGUUUUACUUAAACAGGAGGAUGAAGUUUGUAUUAGUGCUAUCGCUGAUGCUGUGUUACAGUUCAGCUCAGAGUGCUGAUUCAAGUGAGUAUAUUGUACAGUCCAACCCAUGUGAGUGACUACCUUUCGUAAGCGACCAUCUAACCAAAACACCAAAACUUUCCCAGUGAAAGCCAUUUGUACAUUUGGUACAUUUGGUACCUCUAGUAAACGACCACCUCCUGUAGACUGCGACCACACUAUUUGGGUCUGACGGUUUACUGAUUUCCAAUGGUUUUAACCUUGUAAGCGACCACUUCAUGGUCCUUCAAGCAUUGUCUGAUCUCUAUUUUGGCAGUGCGAACUAUGCUAAUAGGAAUAUAAGUAGAACUUUAGCAAAGCAUGGAACUACACACUUGCAAUAACUUAUCUUCCAUGAAAAAAAAAGUUGUGUUAGGACAUCUCCUUAAGCGGCCAUUGAGUCUGCAUUUUUUGUGCUCUCUUAUGGGGGUUCGCAUGUAUUUUUAUCGCGCAGAAUAUACUAUACGCCCCUAUUUUUCUCCUGUCCGUCCACCCAACCAGCUGACAUGGAGAAAACAGAAACUAGUGUUUAACUACCGAGCAUCUGGCAACUUUUCUUCUUUAAGAUUUUUUUUGGCAAUUUUCGUGAUCCACCUAUCGUGUUCAAAAACUCAACUACCCUUGGUCAGAUUUGAUUUCAGGUGAUAUCCUGUAAGUUUGCCACAUUGCAUUUUUAAACCAGUGGGAAAAUAGUGGAAUUUAGGAAAUUCGUAUUAAUUAGUUUGUUAUUUCAUCUAAUACUUUCGAAAAGUAAAGAACGUGGAAAAAAGAACAUUAAGGGCGAGACCCUUAAGUUCUCUAUUGAUUAAGAGAACACAAGUCUACGUGUAAAAUUACAAUCUGAUUUUAUAGGAUGUGGUUCUGUGGUAAACAACGCCUUGACAAGUCCUGGAUUUCCAACACCAUACCCCAAUAACAGGCACUGUGUGUACAACGUUUCCAUUCCAUCCGGAAAGGCGCUGAAGAUCAGUUUUUCAACUUUUUCCCUGGAAACACAUACUCGAUGCGGGUAAGAAAUUUAACAAUAGAGAGGUUUAGAGUCACGUUUACGGCAAACGGCAAACGUCAGAUUCAAGUUUAGAAUAUCUCAAAAUUAAAAAAAAAAUAGCAUGUAAAAACAGCUCAAAGCAAUUCUUAUGGACAAAACUGGCGUUAUACAAUUCACUUUUUUGUAGAAGCAAUGAACAAUAAACAUCAAGAAAAGAGAAAACUUGGUCACGUGGUACAGAUUCACUUUUGCCGUUUACAAUAAAGUUAACGUGACUGAGGACAAACAUUUGAAACCACUCAACUGACUCAGCUUUGGUAAGAGUAGACUAGGAACUUAACUUAAAGUGAUACUUAUUACUCUAAAACGUAACAUUUUUGCUGGUCAAAACUUACUCACGAAUUCCGACGUUUGGCUUGUACGCUGCAAGUUUGCGGAUCUGUGAUUUUAGGCCUAGAAAUAAGGCAAAAUCAGGCUUCUAAAAACCCAGGCUGGCAAAAACACCGGCCAAUGAGAAUAGCCCUCUAAUUUUAAAAUAAAGAUUGUUUUAAUAAGAAAUAAAGAGUAUCUGACAGUAAAUUAGCGGUCUGGUCGACAUGGCGUGAAAAAUAGAUUUCGCUCAUUUCUUGUGCGUUGAAAGACUUUCAUGUACCUGCACUUAACGGCCCCAAUUCGCUAGACUGUAUUUUUAAAACUCUCGAGUUUUUGAGAGAAUUUUGGUUCACCCCAUCCAACGAAAGAAAUAGUAAUUAUUAGAUAAAAGAAAUAACACGAAAAGCCGUCAUAAUUUCUUUAACAUUACACGGCGUUUUCUGCCAAUAUUACGCACAAUUCAACCUCAUAGCAAGAUUUUAACGAUCCCCUUCCCGCGCACAGAUAGAUCAAGUGGAGCCAAACCACCCCCCAAAUGGGGUCCCAAAUGUGUCAUUUGCUCUCGGAUAAAAAAUUGAAGUUGAGUAACAUAUAUAGAAAUUAAACCAUGAUAUCUUGUGAAAGAUUUCUUCCGAAAAAAAUAUAAUUUCUGCUAUUUCUUCGAUUCUUUAUUUUCCUAAAAUACUGCCUAAACAGUGCAUUCAUUAGUCAUUGACCAGGUGACAGCUCUUAGGUUAUCAGUAUGGUAUUUCUGUUGUUUCGGGGCAGACGGCUCUAGCUCUCUCGAAAUGUUCCUAGCGGCAGAGAGCGAUGGCAGUCGGCUGUUUCGCAGCCUAAUGAACAAAAUUCACACUAUUAUUCACAAGAUCGAAUGUUCAUUGGUGGUGUUAUACUCAUAUGGUAGAUAGGGUCAAAAGGUGAGACUUGUCAUUGGCUAAACCGAGAUCUGACCAAUGAUAUGGUUUUCGAUCUGGAAAAUGCCAUAGCUUUUUUAAAAUCAAAUUAAGAUUUCACGCCUCAAGGCUUUUACGUGAGUUGAGAUGAGUGAAAUCCCUUUUACAGGCCUUUGUCAUCUGUAAGUAGGUCGAUAAGCAAGAGAACAUACAAGCCACUUGUUGAACGUUAAUUGGCAUUUGUAGACGGCGGCAAUUCAACUGCUCGGGAGUGACUCAAGUGCAACAUAAAAUAAAAGAAUUUGAUCGGCGGCUUGAUAUUCCACAGAAACGUUUGGAGAGUCCUGAACUCCACCAUAAAGCACAACUCGCAAUUAGUUGAGGCAGGAGAACAUAAAAGGCUUUCAUGUUCUCUUGGCGGUUAGGGUUAUUUCUAAGAAUUUAACUGUCCUUGAAAAGUAAAAAGCAUAUUCUUUCCCUUCUAGGUUUGAUUAUUUGAGGAUUGUAGAUGAUGACAACAGAACACGUGGUACAUAUUGUGGGCGGGAACUUAGUGGAAAAAUAGUUUUGGUAACUGGAAACUACGCAUUAAUAACAUUCCACUCUGAUUAUUCUAAUCAAUACCUGGGAUUCCAGCUCACGAUGUUAUUUACUGAAAAUCAAAAUGGUAUGUUCAAAUAA